GCAAAAGAGCAAGUUGAUUUUACUACGUUUAGAGCAGGACAUUGGUGGAUAUGGAAUUUUAAAAAGGUUCAUCACAUUACAUCACGUAAAAUAACAAAAUUUAAAUCGCAAUCUAAUUCACAAUCUGAUAUACUGAUACGUCAAAAUGCAGAAGAAUUUGUGAAAACUGUAAAACCACAUAUUGAUGUAAUUGGUGAAGGAUCAACUUAUAAUGCAGAUGAAAGCGGAUUUAAUCUAGAAAUACAUUCUGGAAGAACAUUAGCUAAUAUGGGAGCAAAAACAAUCGAAGCUACUAUUCAAUCUUUAUCUUCUAUAAGUCACAGUUAUACUAUUAUGCCAAUUAUAUCUGCGGAUGGAUCUCUUCUUUCGCCUUUAUAUAUAGUCUUGAAAGAAAUUACUGGAUCAUUUGGUCCACGAGUAGAAGAAACCCUUUUUCGACCUGUUAAUGUUUACAUUGCGGCUUCAAAAUCCGGAAAACUUACAACUCAACACUUUAAAAUUUGGUUUUUAGAAGUAUAUCUUCCAAAUACUAAAGAGAAAAGUUUGCUAUUGUUAGAUUCAUGGACAGGCCAUUGUCCAGAACAAUUAAUAGAACAUAUACCAAAAGACAAACAAGUAACUAUUUUAACAAUACCAAAGAAAACAACUGCUUUUGUACAACCUUUAGAUGUUUUUGGCUUCAGAAUCUGGAAAAAUUUUAUUCGAAGCUUUUCUGAUAAUGUUAUUUUACAUAAUUACGAUGUAAAUUUACAUUUACGCAAUAACAUCAUAAAAUUACAGUCUUUGACACAUAAUCAACUUUCUUCUCCAAGAUUUAAAAAUUUAUUUAAAUAUAGUUGGUACAAAAGUGGUUAUUUAUCAACAAGGCCGGAAAAGUUUGAGAAUCCAAUCAAUUAUUGUUAUUUUAAAGAAGAAAAGAAUAUACCAAAAUGCAGCAUUUGUGGUAAAAUGGCUUUUAUACGUUGUGCGUGGUGCAAAAAUUAUUUUUGUUUUGACCAUUUCUUUGAACAAUAUCAUUAUUGUAACAAUUAUAUAAAAUAAAUAUCUUAUUUCUGUUAAAAUAAAACCGAAAAGAAACUGUUCAUAAAAAUACCGGUUUUAUAU